AUGAACCAGACAAAGACAAGUCAGCAACACAAAUACUUCUGGUCACCUACCAACAUUGCUUUGGCCGUUGUGAGCCUGUUCGCUUUGUGGACACAUGUUCACUCCCUAUCAAGGGGAAAGUUAUCUGCAACCAAGGUAACUUCCAAAGAGGCACAGUAUAUGUUAGUUAUUGAUGCCGGAUCUUCAGGGUCUCGAAUCUACAUCUACAAGUACUUCUUCUCCCCAUACGGGUACCUGACAUUUCAACCGGACCCUGCGACCUUCAAAUCCACGAAUAGUCUCGAUUCCUUCAGUGGUCCCCAUAACGCUGGGGCUUCUUUGGAACCGCUUCUGGAAUUUGCUAAGACACACGUUCCAAACGAUCUGACCGAAUCCACUCCCAUUGUACUCAAGGCUACGUCAGGAUUGCGACAGGUGCAAGAAGCAAACAAACGAAUUGCCCAUUCCAUCCUUGAAAGCGUGAGAAUAACAUUGGAAAAUUCGAAAUUUCUGUUUCGCCCCUCCUAUGCCGAAAUAAUGACUGGGGAGGAGGAAGGGACGCUGGGUUGGCUGGCCCUCAAUUACCUACAUGAGACGAAAAAUGGCCACAUCAGACAUCGCACCUCCUCUACCCCAAAACAACUUUGA